UUUGUGGAGGGGCGGGGCCUGAGUGACGUCGAUGACGUCGCGCGUGACACGUGGACGACAAGAUGGCGGCGAGGAGGGCAAUGUCAAUCUGGCCAUUGGUGCUUCUCUUAGAACUGCACACUUCAUCUACGUUUUAUGUACCGGGUGUUGCACCAAUUGACUUUCAUCAAAAUCAUCCUGUGGAAAUUAAGGCUGUGAAGCUGACGAGCUCCCGGACACAGCUCCCGUACGAAUAUUAUUCCCUUCCGUUCUGUCGGCCGGACAAAAUUGAAUACAAAGCAGAAAACCUUGGUGAGGUGUUGAGGGGUGAUCGGAUUGUGAACACGCCCUAUGACAUGCACAUGAACGUUGAAAAGAAAUGUGAAGUGCUCUGUGACAAGCCAAACAAACCUGUCAAGUUCAAAAUAGCUGACAGUAAACUGGUCGUAGAAAGGAUUCGGGAGGAAUAUUAUAUUCACUUGAUUGCAGAUAACUUGCCUGUUGCAACGCGAUUAGAAUUUUACCCAAAUUCUGAAGACAAUGACAAAAAGAAAGAAAAGGAAGUGCAGUUUGAACAUGGUUACAGGCUGGGAUUCAUUGACAACAAUAAGUUCUACCUCCACAAUCAUCUCUCUUUCAUUGUCUAUUAUCACAAAGAAGAAAUAGAAAUAGACCAGGAACCGACCUAUAGAGUUGUUCGCUUUGAGGUCGUACCACAAAGUGUUAAAUAUCAAGAUCUAAAAACGGAUGAAAAGGGAAAUUGUAUCCUGCCUGAAGCAGCCGGCUCACUUCCCCAAGAAAUUGACCCCAACAAAGAAAAUGAUGUGCUGUUUACUUACUCUGUCCAUUGGGAGGGUAGUCCUAUUAAAUGGGCAUCUCGCUGGGACACUUACUUAACCAUGAGUGACGUGCAGAUACACUGGUUCUCCAUUGUCAAUUCCGUUGUUGUUGUUUUCUUCCUCUCUGGAAUCCUUAGCAUGAUCAUCAUUCGAACCCUCAGGAAGGACAUAGCGAACUAUAACAGAGAGGAUGACAUUGAAGACACAAUGGAGGAAUCAGGUUGGAAGCUGGUCCAUGGAGAUGUCUUCAGGCCACCACACUACCCUAUGAUUCUCAGCUCCCUCCUUGGCUCUGGUAUCCAGUUGUUCUGCAUGAUACUAAUCGUAAUCAUUGUUGCCAUGCUGGGAAUGCUGUCUCCGUCCAGCAGAGGGGCCCUGAUGACCACUGCUUGCUUUCUCUUCAUGUUCAUGGGGUUAUUUGGUGGUUAUUUUGCUGGCCGUCUCUAUCGAACUCUGAAAGGCCAUCGGUGGAGGAAAGGUGCUUUCUGCACUGCUACUCUCUAUCCUGGAAUUGUGUUUGGACUUUGUUUUGUCCUCAAUUGUUUUAUUUGGGGGAAACAUUCAUCAGGAGCUGUUCCCUUCCCUACAAUGUUGGCUCUUCUCUGCAUGUGGUUUGGCAUCUCCCUCCCCCUGGUCUACCUUGGCUAUUACUUUGGUUUUCGAAAGCAACCUUAUGACAAUCCCGUGCGCACCAAUCAAAUACCACGGCAGGUUCCCGAGCAGCGAUGGUACAUGAACAGAUUUGUUGGAAUUCUUAUGGCCGGUAUCCUUCCGUUUGGUGCCAUGUUUAUCGAAUUGUUCUUCAUUUUUAGUGCAAUUUGGGAGAACCAAUUCUAUUACCUCUUUGGAUUCUUAUUUUUGGUAUUUAUUAUCUUGGUGGUAUCAUGCUCUCAGAUCAGCAUUGUCAUGGUUUACUUCCAGCUCUGUGCAGAGGACUACAGAUGGUGGUGGAGAACGUUCAUGGUGUCUGGGGGUUCUGCAUUCUACGUGCUUGUUUACGCCAUAUUUUAUUUUGUUAAUAAGUUGGAUAUUGUCGAGUUCAUCCCAUCGUUGCUCUAUUUUGGCUACACGACCCUGAUGGUGCUGUCCUUUUGGCUGCUGACUGGAACGAUCGGAUUUUACGCCGCAUACAUGUUCAUCCGGAAAAUCUAUGCGGCUGUGAAAAUAGACUGAGGGGCCAAGCCCGACGAGGCGUUUGUUUACGGUGGGCCUUCCAACUAUAAAUGUUUAUGAACCUGU